AUGCUCGACCGAGGCAACAUCGUCCGAGCAGAAAGAACCUAUAGGCUUCUUUUGCAGUUCCGACCCGGGGGCAGGCCCAUGGAUGUUCGUCAGCACAACAUGUGGGCCAUAGGCGCUGAGAUCCUCAUGCGGGCAGGCGAGAAGCCGCCCAGAUCACAGGACACGAACGGCAGCCCUGCUGAUAGAGCCGGGGACGAGGAGCAAAGCCACUCCAGUCGCGCACCCAUACCACACAGCGGCUUCUUCAUACCGGCGAGAUGGGGUUCCUCGGCCAAUAUUAACGGGGUCAAGGCAUACUUUGAAGCCCUCAUCCAGCAAUACCCAUACGAUCACAAAUUUCCCAGCAGCGUAUCCGCCCCGGACUUUCAGCUUGCUAUGCUGGGUUGCGAGAUUUACAAUGUCCACGCCGAGUGCACGACAGGCCUUGCGCGAGCCGAGAAAGGAGCUGGCACCUGGCACGGGCGACGUCUGGCGGAGAGGCCAGACAAGGCCGCUCCCGGCCGCCAGAGCGAGACGUUGAAGCAUCCUGACAGGGACGACGAGGAGCAAGAAGAGGAUGGGCGCCAGGCAAAAGUCGAGGUUCGCAUGCGGGCGCUUGUCACCAUGGAAGACAUCACCCGGAGAAUGGACGUGUUGAUGCAGGCGCUACCAUAUCGCAAAAACGACGACUUUCUCCGGCUGCGCGCGACGGCGUCGCUUUACGCGGCGGAUCUUUUGAUGACAACGCCGCAGAUGACGUCCAGCGAGCGCAAUGAGACGGAAAGAAGAAGACAGCUUCAGCAACGAGCCGCCGUUGAUACCCUGGAGAAGCUGGUUCACAAUGGUGGAGAGCUCGAUGGGACUACCCAGCUGAUGCUGGGCGCCUGGUCGGAGAAUGAAGGGGAUCUCUCAUCACCACCCUCGCUGCAUUCGUCGCUCCCCAUCCGGAGAAUUCAAGGCAUGACUUGGAGCGAGCCAACUUGA